AUGUGGACUCAGGCCAUUCUUCUGCUUUUUGUCGUUGGAAGCGCGUUCGGUUCCAUCGCAAUCCAGCAGGCAAAGUUAGGAGAACGAGUCGAAUUGAACCUUGGAUCAGGAGUGGUCACCUGGAAGCGUGAGACUAGCAAUGGCGACGAGUUCAUCAAGUACUGUGGUCCCACCGAGAAAGGGCCUCGAUGCUCGCAAUUUGUCAAGGAAGAUAAUACUCCGGUUAAACCUGAAUCCAGCGCUCAUGUCGAACCAAGUGGUGUUCUCGUCAUUGAUUCCUUCAAGAAAUCUGAUGAAGGCCUUUACUCAUCGCCCGAUCUGAAACCACGGGAAACCAAGAAUCCGGAUGGAUCUAUCUCAGCAGUUGCUGCUCCAACUAUCCAGCUGAUGUUGGCAAAUUGA